AUGCCGAACCCCCGUGUGUUCUUCGACAUGACCGUUGGCGGCGCGCCCGUCGGCCGCAUCACGUUCGAGCUGUUCGCCGACAAGGUGCCCAAGACGGCCGAGAACUUCCGGGCGCUGUGCACGGGCGAGAAGGGCGUGGGCCGCUCGGGCAAGCCGCUGCACUACAAGGGCAGCGCGUUCCACCGCGUGAUCCCCAACUUCAUGUGCCAGGGCGGCGACUUUACGCGUGGCAACGGCACGGGCGGCGAGUCGAUCUACGGCGAGAAGUUCCCGGACGAGAACUUUCUGCUCAAGCACAAGGGCGAAGGGAUCUUGUCCAUGGCUAAUGCUGGCCCCGACACGAAUGGCUCGCAGUUCUUUGUGUGUACCGUGGAGACGUCGUGGCUGGACGGCAAGCACGUGGUCUUUGGCCGCGUCGUGGAGGGCAUGGACGUGGUCAAGAACAUUGAAGCAGUCGGCACGCAGGCGGGACAGACCACGAAGCCUGUGGUCGUGGCCAACUGUGGCGAGCUGUAA